AUGUUCUUCUUCAAAGUCUUGGUCGCCUUCCUCCUCCAGAUCGUGACCGUGUAUGCUGCGGACACAGCUGCAUGGAAAUCCCGCAGCAUCUACUUUGCCCUCACCGACAGAGUGGCUCGCGGGAGUAACGAUACUGGGGGUGCUUCGUGUGGCAAUCUGAGCAAGUACUGUGGUGGUACAUUCAAGGGCCUGGAGUCGAAGCUCGACUAUAUCAAAAACUUGGGCUUUGACUCCAUUUGGAUCAAUCCCGUCGUCUCCAACAAGGCGGAUGGAUACCACGGUUACUGGGCUCAAGACUUGUACGCCAUCAACUCCAACUAUGGUAGUGCCGCCGACUUGAAAAGUCUGGUCAACACGGCUCAUUCAAAGGGCAUCUAUGUCAUGGUCGACGUGGUGGCAAACCACAUGGGACCCGGGAGCAUAUCCGACAACCGCCCCGCCCCGCUGAAUCAGAACUCUUCAUACCACAGCCAGUGCACAAUCGACAACUCGAAUCAGAGCAGUGUUGAAAACUGCUGGGUGGCCAACCUCCCAGACAUCAACACCCAAAGCUCCGGGAUUCGACAACUUUUGAACACCUGGGUUAGCUGGCUUGUCAAAGAGUACUCCUUUGAUGGGGUACGUAUCGACACGGUAAAGCAUGUGGAGAAGAGCUUUUGGCCCGGCUUCGUCAAGUCUAUAGGCGCCUAUGCUAUCGGUGAGGUUUUCGAUGGGAACCCGUCGUUCAUGGCGGGGUAUGCGAAUUUGAUGCCCGGGCUUCUCAAUUACGCCGUCUAUUACCCCAUGAACAGGUUUUACCAGCAGGGCAACUCACCACAGGAGCUGGUAAACAUGAUCGACAACAUAACCGCGUCAUUUCCCGAUCCAGCAGCUCUGGGCACCUUUCUGGACAACCACGACAACCCUCGCUGGCUGAACCAGACAAACGACCAGACGCUCCUGCAAAACGCACUAGCAUUCGUCUUUCUCUCCCGCGGCAUCCCCAUCCUGUACUACGGAACAGAACAAGGCUUGGUCGGCGGCGACGAUCCCGCCAACCGCGAGGAUCUGUGGCGCAGCGGCUACAAGACCGACACGACCCUGCACGGCGCCGUCGCCAAGCUGAACGCGGCCCGCAAGGCAGCCGGCGGGCUGGACGGCAACGACCACACGCACCUGUACGUGACCAACGACACGUACGCCUGGAGCCGCGCGGGGGCCGACCUGGUGGUGCUCACCACCAACGCGGGCCGCUGCUCCCACGCGCAGCACUGCUUCAACACCACGAGGGCCAACGGCCGCUGGGCCGACGUCUACGGCAGCGGCGCAUACGUCUUUUCCGACAAGACCGGCCGCGCCUGCGUCAAGCUGGCCAACGGGCAGCCGGUGGUCCUGCUGGCCUUGGCAAACUCGACCACGGGCGAUGGGAAGCCGCCCACCCUGCCGGCGCCCAUCACUUGGUACAACUCGACGAGCCCCCCAGACGACUCUGCAAACGGCAGCAACGUCUGCCCGCCCGCGGUGGCCGUCUCGUUCACGGUGCGAGUCGCCACCGCCCCCGGCGACACCAUCAAGAUGGUCGGCAAUACUGCGCAGCUGGGCAGCUGGGAUGCUGCAAAGGCGCCCUCGCUGUCCGCUUCCGGGUACAACUCGACCAACAUGGCGUGGAGCAUCACUCUGCCGAUGGCGCCGGGACGGACGGUUCAGUACAAGUUUGUCAAG